GCGCGCUAAGGCGGGCGGGAGGCGCGCGGCGCAGGGCGGCACGCAGGCACCGCGCGGCAGUGCCCGGCGCCAUGACGGCAGCGUCACGCGUCCCGCUGCUCGUCAUCGCUCUCUUUGCAGCACUCUAUUCAGGAUGGUGUUCAGAGGACGAAGAACGCCUUGUCAGGGAUCUGUUCCGAGGGUACAACAAGCUCAUCCGGCCGGUCCAAAAUAUGACGCAAAAAGUAGACGUCAGGUUCGGCCUGGCCUUCGUUCAGCUGAUUAACGUUAAUGAGAAGAACCAAAUCAUGAAAUCCAACGUCUGGUUGCGACUGGUAUGGAUGGACUACCAGCUGAUGUGGGACGAGGCUGACUACGGCGGUAUCGGCGUACUGAGAUUGCCGCCCGACAAGGUCUGGAAACCAGACAUUGUACUUUUUAACAACGCUGACGGCAACUAUGAGGUGCGAUAUAAAUCCAAUGUGCUUAUUUAUCCAAACGGAGAAGUUCUAUGGGUUCCGCCAGCCAUUUAUCAGAGUUCCUGCACCAUAGACGUUACAUACUUUCCAUUCGAUCAACAGACAUGCAUUAUGAAAUUCGGAUCAUGGACAUUCAAUGGUGACCAAGUGUCGCUCGCUUUAUACAACAACAAAAACUUUGUGGAUCUCUCCGAUUAUUGGAAAUCUGGGACAUGGGAUAUCAUUGAAGUACCCGCUUAUUUAAAUAUAUACGAAGGCAACCACCCAACUGAGACGGAUAUCACAUUUUACAUAAUAAUUAGAAGAAAGACUUUGUUUUAUACCGUCAAUUUGAUCCUUCCCACUGUGUUGAUUUCCUUCCUCUGCGUUCUUGUGUUCUACUUGCCAGCUGAAGCCGGAGAAAAGGUUACAUUAGGCAUUAGCAUUUUACUGUCGCUCGUCGUGUUCUUACUCUUGGUAUCGAAAAUUCUACCACCAACGUCGCUGGUGCUACCACUCAUUGCUAAAUAUCUACUGUUCACUUUCAUCAUGAACACUGUCAGUAUACUCGUUACAGUCAUAAUUAUUAACUGGAACUUCAGAGGCCCUAGGACUCACCGAAUGCCAUUGUGGAUUCGAAGCGUGUUUUUACACUACUUACCUGCUGGACUGCUCAUGCGUCGACCUCGGAAGACCCGUCUGCGCUGGAUGAUGGAAAUGCCCGGCAUGGGAGCCCCUCCUCAACAACCACACGACUUACCGAAGCAUAUCAGCGCUAUUGGAGCUAAACAGAGCAAAAUGGAAGCGAUGGAGCUAUCGGACUUGCACCAUCCGAAUUGCAAAAUAAAUCGGGCAUCAGGUGGUGGCGGUGAAGUUGGCGCUCUUGGCGGUCUGGGAGCUCUGGGCGGGCUAGGGCUUGGCGAGCGACGGGAGUCUGAGAGCUCAGAUUCAUUACUUCUGUCCCCUGAAGCUGCUAAAGCAACUGAAGCGGUUGAAUUCAUAGCAGAACAUUUACGUAAUGAAGACCUCUACAUACAGACGCGCGAAGAUUGGAAGUACGUCGCAAUGGUGAUCGACCGGCUGCAGCUUUACAUAUUUUUUAUUGUAACUACCGCCGGAACAGUGGGUAUACUGAUGGACGCUCCCCAUAUCUUUGAAUACGUCGACCAGGAUCGAAUCAUAGAAAUAUAUAGAGGAAAAUAAGAUUUUAAUAGUUAUUAUGAGUUCCAGAUAGGUACUAUUGGAUUCCUAAUAAUUCAAUAACAAUAUCUUUUACAGAAUCCUGAAUAACAGUAUUAUACUAUAGUUAUAAUAUUUCCUAAGUAUUAUAUCUAUGUAUCUAUUUUAUUUAAUAACCUAACUAAUAGAAUUAUAAAAUGGCUGUGUUUGAUGUUUAGAAAAAGCACAUUAGUAAUUAAAUAAUAAUAAUUUUAAAUAGGUACGUAAUUAAUUUUAUAUAUAGGCAUUGUCUGUGCCAUUAUUGUGUAAGUAGCAAUAAGUAGGUCAAUGUUUUUUUAUCACCAUCAUCUUAAUUUUUAAAGUGGGUAAUAAGAAAUAAAAACGGUAAAAGAUUGUGUAUUUUAGUAGAUACACGUAAGUAGCUCAAAAAAUAUUUAUCUAUCACUAAAAUUUAAUAGUUAUAAUAUAUUUCUAGGGACAAGAAUCUUCCAUCACAGCUUCCAAUCACGUUAAGACAAGAAAUUGUUUUUGUAAGGUUAUAGGGUAAAAUCCAUAUUGCAUACCUUCUGUUUUCUUUAAAGCUAUGCUGAUAAAGGGUGAAUCUGGCCUUGAAGGGAAAGUAAGAGAAAUGCUUUUAUUGCAAGAUUAUGCAACAUAGCACAAUAUCUCCAAUACCCAGGGUUUCACAGGACAAUACACUGCGAUGUGUGGCAUAACCCAGAAAAUGGCCCCAGUUCGGCAUAACGGUACAUGACCGUAUAAAAUAGGUGUUGCAGGAAAUACAAAUAGGUACAAUCUAUCCGAGCCAGGAACAGUUUUCACGGGCAUUAACCUCCCGGUCACGGCCCAAAACUUUUGGCCUGGCAGGGAAUGACUCUCUUCUUAUAGUGUACUUAUGCAUCUAUGGAAUGACUAAGGAAAAAUAUUCCUGGCUUGGGUACCAUACGUUGAUUGUUGCGUUCAAGAUUGCGUCUUGCGUUCACCAAUUUGUGUGAAACAUUUUUCAGUCGCACGACUCCUCCGCAAACGUAAAUUGAACGCGUUUAUAUUCUUCGCUUGUGUACUUAAAAUUAUAUUAUAUUCUCUAGUGUUUUUAUAAACUUCCGAAUAAAAAGUACGAAUUA